AUGGCGACAUCAGACAGGCAGGAGCUCGUGCGGAGUGCGGUCGAUUUUCUCUCUGAUCCCAAGACACAAGCAUCACCCCUCGCGCAGCGGGUUCAAUUUCUCGAGGCCAAAGGACUGAACAACAAUGAGAUCGACGAAGCCAUGAGACAGGCCGCAUUGAAUCAAAGCCCAUAUUCUCUGCGAACUUAUCCACAGUCUUAUUCUACCGCCUCUUACCCACCAGUUUAUGGACCAUCACCAUACGCCGCACAACCUCCGCCUCAAGCCUGGGAUUGGCGAGACUACUUUAUUACUGCCAUUGUUUCAGGCACUGUAGUCUACGGGGCUGUCUCUUUGUUCAAGAAAUAUGUAUCUCCACAUCUUCAACCCCCUUCAGAAACAGCAUACGAAGCUGAUCGAGACGCGCUUACCGCUCAAUUUGAUGCGGCGGAAGCAUUGCUCCGAGAAAUUCAGGCCGAAUCAUCCGCCAUGCGAAUGACAGUUGAGCAACAGAAUGACAAGGUAGAGAAAGUCACCCAGGACGUGGAAGAAGUCGUGAAAGAAAUGAGAGAAAGCGAUGCGAAGAGCAAGGAUGAAAUGCGCGAAAUAAGAGAAGAGGUUAACAACAUUCGCGAGAUGCUGCCUAAGAUGCUGGAUAAGAACAAAGAAAGUCAAUUACAGACAUUUGCUGAGCUGCAACAAGAGUUGAAAUCGCUUAAGGCGCUACUUCUCAGUCGUGGGCCAAGUACGCCUAGUGGCUUCUCAACCCCAAUCAUUCCCAGCAAGCCAUCGAUUCCCUCAUGGCAGCUUGUCAGUGCUCCUCAGGUCCCCAAUCUGAUGAGUAACUCCGCACCAGCAUUAGAGCCGCUGGGCCCGCCUCUUUCGCUACCGAAUGGCAAAGGAAAGGAAGUUGAAAAUUUGACCGACAACCUCCAGACUGGUGCUCCUAAUGCAUAA